GUAAGAAAGUGUAGAUUGCAGAGUCAUAGAUGGAUGUCUUGGCUGUAAGCAUGGCUAGGAUAAUAGAGACAAUUUACCGGUGUUGUGGACACACUAAUAUCAAUGUCUCUGGUUAAAAGGAGGUCGGAACCAUAACUGCUGUUGGUAAAUAAAAGGCUAUUUCGUCUGGGUGAUUACGCAGAAAACUAAAUAUAUCUACAACAACAACCUCGUUUGAGAAGUUCCAGCCAUGGUGGUGAACAGCUACUGUGAGGCCAGUGCCUCAGUGUCGGAAGCCUGGGUGGACAAUGGCUUCUCCCCAUGCUUCUACUUCACCCUAGUUCCCACUGUGCUGCUCACUGUCUCCUUCUUCUUCGGCACCUUCCACUGCGUCUUCUACCAGCGCUAUGGGACGGAUAUGGAGCCCAAGUUUGUGCCGCGCUCUGGUCUCUACGGCCUGCAGCUGGCUAUAUCCGCCCUGCUCCUGCUCCAGUACCUGGGGGGCGUUGUGUGGCGUGCGGCUGUUGGAGAAGAGCUCCCUGGCUACGUGGUGCUGUAUGGCUGCCUCUCUGCGCUGGGCUGGGCCUGCGCGGUGGCCCUGCUCAGGCUGGAGAGGCGCAGGGUGCUGGUGAGGGACCAGACCAGAGGCCACAGCUUCCUCCUGCUGCUCUUCUGGGCUGUGGCCUUCUCAGCUGAGAACCUGGCCUUCGUCUCCUAUUCCAGCCCACAUUGGUGGUGGGGUCUGGAGGACCAGCAGAAGCAGGUGGAGUUUGGUCUCUGGCUGGUGCGCUACAUCGGCACCGGAACCCUCUUCUUCCUGGGCCUGAAGGCUCCAGGGCUGCCUCGAAAGCCUUACAUGCUCCUCAUCAACGAAGACGAACGGGAUGUGGAGCACAGCCAGCCUCUUCUGGGUGGGGCAGAAGAGUCCCAGUCGACGUGGCAGGGCUUCAGUCAGAAGGUGCGUCUCCUGAUGCCCUACAUGUGGCCCCGGAACAACAUCCUCCUGCAGCUGCUGGUGCUGCUCUGUCUGGGCCUACUGGCCAUUGAGAGGGUCAUCAAUGUGUUUGUGCCUAUUUACUACAAGAACAUAGUAACCGAGCUGACGGAUGGAAGCAGCUGGAGGAGGUUGGCCAGUACUGUUGGGAUAUAUGUCCUGCUGAAGUUCAUGCAAGGCGGAGGGGCAGGCGCGUCAGGGUUCGUCAGCAACUUACGCUCCUUCCUGUGGAUCCGGGUGCAGCAGUACACCAACCGCGUGGUGCAGGUGCGCCUGUUCGACCACCUCCACUCGCUGUCCCUGCGCUGGCACCUGGGCCGGCGCACCGGAGACGUCCUGAGGAGCAUCGACCGCGGCACCUCCUCCAUCAACAGCCUCCUCAGCUACAUCGUAUUCAGCAUCUUACCCACCAUCGCCGACAUCGUCAUCUCCAUCAUCUACUUCAUCACGUACUUCAACGCCUGGUUUGGCCUCAUCGUGUUCGUCUGCAUGUUCCUCUACCUUACCUUGACCAUCAUCAUCACUGAAUGGAGGACCAAGUACAGGCGAGACAUGAACACCCAGGACAACAACGCCAAGUCGAAAGCCGUGGACUCUCUGCUCAACUUUGAAACGGUGAAGUAUUACAACGCGGAGCAUUACGAGGUGAGCCGCUUCGAGGACGCCAUCUUGCAAUACCAGGCGUCCGAAUGGAAGACCCAAGCGUCCUUGGCCUUGCUGAACCAGUCGCAGAACCUCAUUAUCGGGUCAGGACUUCUGGCAGGUUCUCUGCUCUGUGCUUACUUUGUCACAGAGGGAAAGUUUCAGGUUGGAGACUUUGUUCUCUUUGGUACCUAUAUAAUCCAGCUGUACACACCUCUCAACUGGUUUGGAACCUACUACAGAAUGAUCCAGAACUCCUUCAUUGACAUGGAAAGCAUGUUCAAGCUCUUCAAAGAGGAAGAGGAGGUGAAAGAUAAUGUCAAUGCCGGGAACCUUCUCUUCCAACUGGGGAAGGUGGAGUUUGAGAAUGUUUACUUCAGUUACACUGACGGGAAGGAGAUUCUUAAGGAUGUAUCGUUCACGGUUCAGCCUGGUCAGACUGUUGCACUGGUCGGACAGUCAGGAUCGGGCAAGAGCACCAUUAUUCGCCUGCUCUUCCGUUUCUAUGACGUCCAAGGAGGCUGUAUCCGUAUUGACGGCCAGGACAUCUCAAAGGUCAAGCAGACGUCCCUGCGGGCCCACAUCGGGGUGGUGCCCCAGGACACGGUCCUCUUCAACAACAACAUCCGAGACAACAUCCGCUACGGCCGAAUCUCAGCCAGCGACCAGGAAGUAGAGGAGGCCGCCAUCGCCGCCGACAUCCACGACAAGAUCAUAGGAUUCCCAGAGGGGUACGACACUCCGGUGGGGGAGCGAGGGCUGAAGCUGAGUGGGGGAGAGAAGCAGAGAGUGGCCAUCGCCAGGACCAUCCUCAAGGCACCUCAGAUCGUCCUGCUGGAUGAGGCCACAUCUGCCCUCGAUACGCAGACGGAACGCAACAUCCAGGCCUCGCUGGCCAAAGUGUGUGCCAAUAGGACCACAAUCGUUGUGGCUCACAGGCUGUCUACCAUCAUUGGAGCAGACCAGAUUCUCGUUGUGAGAGAGGGUGUAAUUGCUGAACGGGGACGGCAUGAUGAGCUGCUGGACAAGGGGGGCCUUUAUUCAGACAUGUGGAUGAGGCAGCAGCAAGCACAGGACUCAGACUCUUCCUCAGACACCGAGUCCAAAGACCGGAAAUCAGAGAAACUACAGCCCCCAUCAUCCUCUGCUGGACACGGGAAUCACUAAGUAGAAUCAUAUUCUAGUGUCAAUAAUAUAUAUAUAUAUAUUAUAUAGAAUGACAUGGGGGACAUUUCGGGGUUAUAGAAGAAGGUGCUAAGGGACUAAAAAUACAUUUUUUCUUCUUCUUUGCACUUUAAGUUGUCGGCUAUGGAGCUGUGUUUUAGAACCUAUUUAUUUAGCAUUUUAUGUUGUUCAUAAGGGUGUGACGUAUGACUAAAGACAAUUUUACAACACUGAAAUCUAGAAUGGUAACCACCUUGUCUCAAUUUAGAGUACUACGGAAAGGGAAGGGCAAACGGAUCGGUACAUACCCUUAAAUUCAGGUAUAGACGCAGUGUAACAGGGACAAUGAUCGUUUUGGUGGCACAUGCUCACCACGUCCUUUGCAAUAUAAUGUUGACAUCAUAAUAUUGAGACAGGUUGAAUGUUUCAUCAGGCAAUCAAUACAAUACUAAUUUUAUUCAACUGAUUUAUGAUGAGAACAUGAGGUUUAAGAACUUGAACCAAGUAGUGAGGUGAGAUGCUACACUUGUUUGAAUAUUCUCAUGUCUGUCUUUGCUGCUAAUACUGUUAUGUUUGCAUUUGAAUGUGUAGUAUGAGAUGCCAUGAAUACUGACUGUAUAUAAACAAUAAGCUUUCCUGUUCAAUAUUAAGGCAAUGGGGUUUGUGAAUAAGAUAUAUGUUCAUAAUAACCAGCAUCCCGUCGCAGCCAUACUGUACCGAAAUGUCAUCAUAAGAAGGGAACAUGUUAGAUAUAAAGACGAACGUUUUUAAAGAAUGUGAAAUUCUUUGUGAAGUUCAUACCAUUUUGGCAGUUGUCCUCAGCAUGUCGAUGUGCCCUAAUGUCAUGGACCGGUAGUCUGACAGGGACUGUUGGCAACCAGUUAUGAAUCAAACGACAAUAAUCGAAGCUCUUGUAAAUGUUGACGUUGUGAUACCAAAGACGGUAAGUUGUGUUAUCAAAACUAGAACAUUAUCCAUACCUUGAUUUGUAAAUAUAUUUUCAGUUUGGUUGUUUCUAUAAUAAAUGUCCAAAAUUUACUUUGUGCUUAUUUAGAUUUUUAUAUUAUGAUUUGAUACACAUGUCAACAAUAUUACCCAUUAUCAAUUCAUUGUCCAAAAAACUUAGGCCUACAUUUCAUAUAUUUGUCAGCACCAUGAAUACGGGUUAGAUUUGUAAAUAUAGUGAAUUUUAGCUGUUGUUUGUUUUUUUCUAUUAUAAACUCCCAAAAUGUACUUUGUG